AAUUGCAUUUCCACAGUUUGUUCCAACAAUCAUCCUUACAAUGGCGUACUUUGGCAAGGAAUACAAAUUUGAGAAGGAGGAGAAGUUUGAUGAGUUCAUCAAAGCUGUUGCCUCUGGUGAUGGCGCGGGUGCGUUCCUGGACUUCAAGCCCAACUACAAAAUGGAGAAGAAGGGUGAUGAAUACGUCAUGACCAUCUCCGAAGGUUCCUUCAAGAAGGAGGUCGCCUUCAAGCCAGGUGUGCCUUUUGACGAGACCAUGAAAAACGGACUUAAGUGCACCUCAGUAUUCACGGUCGAUGGAGAUACCUUCACCCAGGUCCAGGACUACGGCAGCAAAGGAAAGGUCACCAUGAAGAGAGAGUUCUCACCUGACCAACUUAAAAUUUCCCUCCAAUCCAGUAAUUACGAUGGAGUCGCUUACAGAUACUACGUACCUACUCCAACCAAAAUGGCCUACUUUGGAAAGGAAUUCUCCUUCGAAAGGGAAGAAAAUUUCGAUGCAUUCGCCGAUUUUAUUGGUGCCUUUGACGCCAACGCCAAGGGCUUUAUGCAGUACAAGCCGAACCAGAUCCUCGAGAAGAACGGGGACUCCUACAAGCUGAUCUUCAAGACCCCAGCCCUGAACCACGAGGUGGUGUUCAAGUCUGGAGUGCCUUACAGCGACGUCAUCCGUGAAGGUUUGACGGCCGAGUCCACCAUCACCGUCGAUGGAGACACCUUCACCCAGGUCCAGGACUACGGCCCCCUUGGCUCCAUCACCUUCAAGAGAGAGUACAGCGCCGACCAACUUAAAGUGGUUAGAAGUAUUACCUCUUCAAUUUUUAAUAAUUUCCACAAAUUACCAUUCAAAAUGGCCUACUUCGGAAAGGAGUUCAAAGUUGUGAGUGAGGAGAAAUACACUGAUUUUAUUAAGGCUUUGGAGCUCCCCGAGGAAAUGACCGCAAAGUUCUCCGCCUACAAGCCCGUCUCGAAGAUUGAGAAGGAUGGGGACUCCUACAAAUUCACCAACACCACUCCGGAGGGCUCGAAGGUGACCACCUUCAAGUCUGGAGUCGAGUUCGAAGAUGAGAUCAGACCUGGCGUUAAGGUCAACUGCAAAUACACCGUGGACGGCGACACCGUGACCCAGGAAAUCUCACAAGGUGGCAAAACCGUUACAUUCAAGAGAGAAUACUCCGCCAAUGACCUCACCACGACAAUCACAGCCAACUUCUGGGAUGGUACCGCCGUCAGACACUACAAAGCUUGAAUUUAUAGUUUCUAAAUCAUAGGUUUUGUUGUUAAAUUAUUGUUAAAAAGUCUUCAUUAGAUAUAAGAAAUUAAAUAAUAUAAUUUAUUGAAUCCAAA